GCUUCUAAUUCUUUUCCGAUUCUAAAUUCAGAUAGUCAACCUGAAGAGAAAUUACCACUAUCCACAUCUAAUACACAUGAACUCCACGAUCCAUUUGAAUAUUCAAAUUCACCGCAAAUCCCAUUUCAUCAAAGUUGUAAUGAAUCUCUAGACAGUAUUGUGGAUGGACCUUAUUUAACCAAUGACUAUCACCCCACAAAUCUACAGCCGGAAACACCUUUCUCUAAAAACUCAAUCUCUCAAAACCUUUAUAAUUUCGAUAAUUUAUAUGAUGUACCUCAAUACGUCGAUCUUUCAGCCACGUCCCAAACCCCAAAGCCACGAUCGAACACAGCCGUGUUAAUUAAAAGGCUCAAAUUAGAAAAACCAGUAAAAGGACAGCGACUACUCACCCUGAACCCUUUAUUUGGAGCAUCAGAAGAUGAUGACGGAGGAAACACAUCUACCGAAACGGUCGUCAGUUUCCGAGAUAGUAGUUCCACUGAGACUUCCGAUACAGUGGUUAAUAAUGGCAUGGGAAAAGGACUUAAGGGAAUUGGAAAAGAGAAAGUAGAGCAAAUUCGAGGAAAAAAUAAAUUGGUUAGUCCUUCGGAAAUUGAAAAUUGA